UGCAUCACUUUAUUGACUUCUAUAUAACUUAAAUAUACAAAUUCGUAUCGCUAUAAAAUAUUUUACACAACAAACAUAUCCGAAUGAUCCAUUCAUGAAUUGGAUUAUUAGGUUGAGUGUCAAGACGUAACGUUAACGCGUUACAAUCGUAUAUGAAGUUGCUGCAAUUUGUAUCGUUUAUAAUAAAAUCAUUGUUGAAAUAAUAUAAUGCGAUGUUUGUUUAAAAAAAAUAAGAAGAAACUAAACUACAAUUAAAAUAAUCUGGUUUUUAUCACUACUGAAAUAGUAUGAAAAUUUAUCAUUUUCUAACCUUAUAAAUUUGAAUUUCCAAUGGCCUAAUAUUUAUUAAUAAGCAAAUACACGUUUUCUUUUCAUAAUUAUAACUUGUAAUAACACAUUUAUAUAUUUCUUAAAUUUAAAAACAAAAUAUUUUAUUUGGAAUUUUCACAAAAGGUACGUUCUGAAUAAUGAUGGGGAAAAAAAGAAAUAUUCAACCCACACCUGUUCGUGUGAAGGUAGAAAUAAAAGAUGAAUUAGGAGACAACGAUGUACUUGUUGCAAGAGAUCGUUUGAAAGGAGCUCUUAGGGAACUGUUACAACAUAGCGAUACAGGCUCAUCAGCUGAUUCAAGUGAAGAAAAUUCCACACAAGAUUAUAAGCAUCAGAUGAAGAAAAUUGAUAUAUAUAGAACAAAAGCAAUGGGUUUUCAACAACCACGAAAAGUAAGACGUCGUAGACAAGUGCAAAUGGAUACUGCGUUUCAUCAUACUUAUGUAAUGAAAUUAUUUGAUCGAAGUGUUGAUUUAGCACAAUUUCAAGAAGAUACACCGCUUUAUCCAAUAUGCAGAGCAUGGAUGGCUAAUCAGCCAAGAAAUCCUAAUCUUGUACCUAAAGUGCGCAGUCCAAGUCCAGAAAUAGUAAAUGAGGUCAAUAUUAGUAAUAAUAUACUGGAUACUAAUGGAGAAGUCCGCGAUGUUUAUUAUUUACCUCCUCCGCUACCUUGCGAAGAAGCUAUACCUAGAAAUCGUAUACCUUCACCAAUCAAUAAACCAAAGGAAGAAUUGAGCUUAGAUUAUGACGGCCAAACUUUAAUAUCACGAGAAACAUUAUUGAGAGAACAUAGAAUACAUUGGAAUGCUGUACGCAAAAAGUGGCAUCAACAAGCACAUAAGAACGAACAACGUUUUGCGCAGAGUGCACAUAUACUAAAUACUAUAUAUAAAAGGGCACAAUCAGAAUUUGAGUAGUCUAUUGAUGGCAGUAUUAGCUACCGUCAGUUAUCGAUAAUAAAAUUUCUAUUCAAGUAUUGUAUAAAUAUUUUUUUUCCAUACUUUUCUACGCAUAUUUUAUUUUAUACGUAUAAUUACACCUGUUGUAUAUUGUAGAAAUAUACCCUUUUAUUGCAAUAUAAUUAAUAUAUUGCAAUUACAUUUUGUUAAGAACAAUUAUUUCGAAUUUUAACUGAAAUUGUGAGAGAAGCAAUAAUUUAUCUUUAUAAUAAAGAUUUUUACAGAGCAAUGAUAUGUAGUAUAAUUACGUUUGAUUUUUUUGAUAAAUUCGUGUAUUAACAACAGGUUAAUCAAUGAUGUUUUUAUUUCAUACACAUAAUUUGUAUUAAAUAUUUUAACGAAAUUACCGCCUAUAACGAAUAAACUUUAAGGAAUAAAUAACAUACUUUUAUUAUAUCACUACUACCCUUAAUAAAUUGAAACGCUACUUACAAUUAUUUUAUCACGGGUAUAAAAAGGAACUUGGAAUAGUUUUUUAAUUGCCCGAACAUUAAAAAAGGCAGUUUUUAGUAGAUUGUUACAUAGAAUUAAUUAAAAUAUUAAUCUGAUAUAUACUUCUAAAUUUCUAUGCUAAAAAAUUUUUUUAGAUGAAAAUUUAAUACUAGGAGAAAGGAUAAAACCAAUAAUUAUUGAAGGCUUGAGAAUUACAAGCUUUUUAUUUUAAAUAUUGACAGCCGUAACUUACAGUACGUACUUUCAACAAGCCCCCCUCCCCCCUCCCUAUUUAACUAAUGUCAUUUGAUUUAAAUGUAAUUUAAGACUCAAAAAUAUUCUGACUCUUCAUCAGAGCAAUUGUAAUUUUCAAGACUUCUAAACAUUACAUACCAUGUUCCACCAUACCGUUACAACUUUCUUUCAUAUAAAAUGUAGCUAAGAAAUAAAUAACAUAAGUUAAAUCAUUUACUUUCAUAGUUAGUGCUAUAUUAUUUCCACCACUUUGAUCUGAUUUCGCAACUAUAUAUAUAUAUAUAUGUAUGUAUAUAUAUAUAUUUACUUGUAAUAACAAAUGACUGUUAAAAACAACAGUUUUGUUUUUUAAUGUACGAAUCGUAGGAAAUGAUUUGAUGCUAGACAGCAUCACGAUAUUACGUCGUCGGAAGAUUAUCGUAGAUGUGGAAGUAUAAUUUAAUGAAAUGUUUAAGUGGCUAUUGCACGU